CAACAACUUGGGAAAGGAGGAGGCCAUUCACUAGCCUGUUUUAGCUACUGUUAGCUAGCCCGGCGGCUAACGAGCAGGCUAAAGCAUCAGUUUUGGCUUAAUGUCGCCUGUCCCGAAUAGCGAUGGCAAAAGAAAAGUGUUCACAAAUCGAAGCGGAACUGUACUACCUCAUUGCCAGAUUUCUGCAGUCGGGUCCUUGUAAAAAGGCAGCACAGAUUCUGAUCGAGGAGCUGGAGGAGUAUGAGUUGGUUCCGCAACGAUGGAGUUGGGACGGGAAGAUAUUCAAACGGAGCUUCCACGAUUGGGUGGUUUUGAACCAGCACAUUCCUGCAGACUAUCUGCUUCAAGUCUGUCGGCGAAUAGGUCCUCUGAUAGAGAAGGAGAUCCCACCCUGUGUUCCUGGAGUCCAAACGCUCCUGGGGCUGGGAAGGCAGUCUUUGCUUCGCACCACCAAAAGUUGUACCCACAAAGUAUGCUGCGGCUCAGCUGUCGCUGCACUGCACAGAGGACGCCCACCUGAACCUCCAGUAGUUAUUGGGAAUGUUCCUAAUGUUGUGUCCAUCAUUGGUGCUCGCCGGGCCUCUGGUACGGCCCGUUUCGGCCAGGUCCUGCCGUCUUCCUCCUACCAACACAUGAAGAUACACAAACGGAUCCUCGGCCACCUUUCUUCCGUCUACUGCGUGGCAUUUGACCGCACUGGUCGGCGGAUAUUUACGGGUUCCGAUGACUGCCUGGUGAAAAUCUGGGCCACGGACGACGGCCGGCUCCUGUCUACGCUCCGCGGCCACUCGGCGGAGAUCUGUGACAUGGCCGUGAACUAUGAAAAUAGCCUCAUUGCCUCCGCAAGCUGCGACAAAGUCAUCAGAGUGUGGUGCUUGCGUACCUGCGCCCCGAUCGCCGUCCUGCAGGCCCACGCUGCUUCCAUCACGUCCAUCCAGUUUUGUCCUGCAGCCAAAGGGACAAAGCGAUACCUCGCGUCGACGGGCGCAGACGGCAUGGUGUGUUUCUGGAAGUGGCACUCUCACAGUAUGAAGUUUGAUGAGCAACCAGUUAAGUUUGUGGAGCGGUCGCGGCCAGGAGUCCAGGUCUCCACUUCCUCUUUCAGUAGCGGUGGUAUGUUUAUGGCUACUGGCGGCACAGAUCACAUGAUCAGGGUCUACUACCUCGGCGCAGAAAGUCCGAUGAAGGUGUCUGAGCUGAAUGCUCACACGGAUAAAGUAGUGGUUGUCCAGUUUUGCAAUAAUGGUGACAGCCUCAGGUUUGUGAGUGGCAGUCGGGAUGGCACAGCAAGGAUCUGGCAUUACCAGCAGCAAGAGUGGAAGAGCGUUACCUUAGACAUGACCGCAAGGCUUCCUGGGACUCCUGUUGCCAGUGGGGACGAUAAAACCAAGCUGGUGGUGACCAUGGUUGCCUGGGAUCGCACCGACAACGUCGUCAUCACAGCAGUUUCAAACUAUCUGCUCAAAGUGUGGCGCGCCGCCUCAGGCCAGCUCCUGCACGUUUUGUCUGGACACGAUGACGAAGUGUAUGUGCUGGAGGCCCAUCCCUUCGACACCCGCAUCAUGCUGUCCGCAGGCCAUGAUGGCAACAUUUACAUCUGGGACCUGAGCAGAGGAGUCAAGAUCCGAAACUUCUUCAACAUGAUCGAGGGCCAGGGCCACGGAGCCAUCUUCGACUGCAAGUUCUCAGCUGACGGACAGCAUUUCUCCUGCACAGACUCACACGGGCAUUUACUCAUUUUUGGCUUCGGCUGCAGCAGACCAUAUGAAAAGAUUCCUGAUCAGAUGUUCUUCCACACGGACUACCGGCCUCUCAUUCGGGAUUCCAAUAACUACGUCCUGGACGAGCAGACGCAGCAGGCCCCCCACCUCAUGCCCCCACCCUUUCUCGUCGACGUUGACGGAAACCCGCAUCCCCCUCGCUACCAGCGGCUGGUCCCAGGAAGGGAAAACUGCAAAGAGGACCAGCUAAUACCUCAGCUCGGAUACAUGGCUAACGGUGAUGGGGAGUUGGUGGAGCAGGUGCUUGGACAGCAGACGACAGAAAACGGGGAGAGCAUUUUGGACAAUCUCAUCAGACAGUUACAGAAUGAGCAGGAUGAGCAGCAGAAUCCAGAGCAACAGGCCGACGGAGAAAUGGCCGCUGAAGCCGAGGUGGUGGCCUCUUCUCCUGGGGUUGAGCCUCGCAGAAGCGGCCAGGUGGACGGAGUCUGGCAGAUGCAGCACAACUCCCUCCGUAGUCAAGUCGCCACCGAGAGGGACCUGCUGGCCUGGAGCCACAGAGUGGUGGUUAACGAGGUUCCUCAUGGUACAUUCAGAGUCCUGGAGGAAUGCAGACAAGCCAAAAGUGACAUGGAAUGCUCUCUGUACAACGCAGAGAGGAGAAAGAAACCGGUGACCUGCAUCCUCAAGAGCGAUACUCUGAGUUCUCGACUGCGCUCCCUACGGCCGACCAAGAAAAAGCAGCAGCGUCACUCCUAUCAGACCCGAUCGGCUCAGGUCCGCCGACCCGGGACCAGAAGUCAAAACCCUGGCAACAGACGUCACUCGGAGAGUCAGAUAGACUCAGACAGCGGUGAUGAAGCAGAACAGCCCGAGCGUUCCGACGCCUCCUCUGAGGACGAAGCCCGGUGGCAAAGUGAGAGCAGCUCCAGCAACUCGUCUAGCGAGUAUUCGGAUUGGACGGCGGACGCGGGGAUCAACCUCCAGCCCCCGAAGAGGCCGAGCAGGAGGCCCGUUCGGCCCGCGGGUUACAGCAGCUCCGAGGAGGAAGACGGUGGUGGCGGCGAGGCCAAGGAGGCGAAGAAGAGGGAAAACGAGAAGAGGAAGAAAAAACCCAAAGAGACCAAACAGAAACCCACAUCUUCGCUGGCCGGACUUAACGCGGAGGAGUGGCUGCCGCCGUCAUGGAUAAUGGAGACCAUCCCACGUCGCUCUCCUUUUGUCCCGCAAAUGGGAGAUGAGCUCAUCUACUUCAAGCAGGGCCAUCAGGCGUACGUGCGGGCCGUCCGCAGAGCCAAGGCCUACAGCAUCAACAUUCAGAAGCAGCCGUGGAACAGGCUCAACCUCAGGGACCAGGAAUCUGUGAAAGUGGUUGGAAUCAAGUACGAAGUCGGACCACCCACCCUCUGUUGCCUAAAGCUGGCGUUUUUGGACCCAGUCUCAGGAAAGAUGACCAACGAGUCUUUCUCCUUAAAGUAUCACGAUAUGCCCGACGUCAUAGAUUUCCUGGUGCUUCAGCAAUUCUACAACGAGGCUAAAGAGCGCAACUGGCAGCCAGGGAUGAGGUUUCGUAGCAUUAUUGAUGACGCCUGGUGGUUCGGCUCUGUGGAGGAUCAGGAGCCCCUGCAGCUGGAGUAUCCAGACAGCCUGUUUCAGUGCUACGCAGUGAAGUGGGAUAACGGCGAGCGGGAGAAAAUGAGUCCCUGGGACAUGGAGCCUAUUCCAGAAGAAGCCGCUUUGCCCGACGAAGUCGGGGACGGCGUGGAGGUGCUGGAGGAGGAGCUCCAGGCCCUACUUUACACGCCUCAGGAAGGAGAGUGGGGGGCUCACACGCGAGACGAAGACUGUGAGAGGGUCUUAGACGGCAUUGAUCAGCUUCUUAGGCUUGAUGUGGCGAAGGCGUUCGCCUCGCCCGUAAACCUCCAGGAAUACCCGCUCUACUGCACCGCGGUGGCUUACCCCACUGACCUCAGCACCAUCCGCAAACGGCUGGAGAACCGCUUUUACAGGCGGAUCUCCGCGUUGAUGUGGGAAGUGCGUUACAUUGAACACAAUGCUCGCACCUUUAAUGAACCCCAAAGCCCGAUUGUAGCAGCUGCCAAGGUGGUUACUGACGUUCUCCUCCACUACAUCGGAGACCAGAGCUGCACGGACAUCUUGGACCUGUAUCACAGAUUGAGGUCUGAGGGCAGCAGUGGGGGAGAAGCUGAGAUUGACUUAGAUGUGGACUCUGACACUCCAGGGACAUCAACAGGACACCGGGGAGCCCAGCCGAAUUCUAAGAAGCGGGGUGUGGAUUUUGAUGUGAAAGCGUGGCGAGGUCAGUGCCGAGAGCUGCUGCGCCGGAUGCUGGCCUCCCCCGACUCGGGGCCGUUCAGGCGGCCUGUAGAUCUCUUUGAAUAUCCGGACUAUCGGGACAUCAUUGACACCCCUAUGGAUCUGGGCACGGUGUCGGAGACGCUGACAGCCGGAAACUACGAAAGUCCCAUGGAGUUUGCCAAAGACGUCCGCCUGAUUUUCAGCAACUCUAAAGCUUACACACCCAACAAGAAAUCGCAGAUCUACACGAUGACUCUCAACCUGUCGGCCUUCUUUGAGAAACACAUCAUCGCCAUCAUCUCCGACCACAAGUCUGCCAUCCAGAACGAACGGCGCACUCGUCAGAGACUCACGUACAGGAGCAGGUUGCACAACGGAGGCAACUCCCCACAAAACAGCCCGUCCCUGAGCCCUAAAGGGAGGCAGAAAUCAAGGAGGCUGUCAAAGUCCAAGAAAUCCUCGGCCUUAACGAAGAGGAGUUCUCAGAGAACGCAUCAAGCUCAGCACAGCAGCGAUGUAGCAGAGGAAGAGGAAUCCCCGCCCUCUUCUCCAAGCUCAGAAGAAAGCCCGGAAAGGACAAACGAGGAGCCCCAGCGUUUGACCCGCAGCCAAGCGACCCCCGUGAAGAAAUCAGGGUACCGGCGGAAGCCGCAGCUCAGCAACGGCGCCAGGCUGCAGCUGCGACGCGGCCAGGAAGCGCCGCGGUCCGACAGCGACGAGGAGGGCUCCGGCUCCAACAGCUCCUCCUCCGAGUCCUCGUCGACGUCCUCGUCGUCCUCUUCCUCCUCCUCUUCGUCGGACAGCGAGAGCAGCUCCGACUCGGAGGCGGAGAAGUACGUGGAGGGGGGAGAUCACGACUACAGCAAAGCCCCCCGCCUGUCCGUGUGCCUCUCGGCGAAGGGGAAGGCGGCGGCCCCCCCGGGGAAGAGGAAACUGGUGGGAGGGCAGGAGGCGGCACAGGGAACUAAACGAGCACGGGUGCAGCUUCCUGAGGAGGAGGAGGAGGAGGAUGAUGAAGAUGAUGAUGAUGAAGAGGAAGAAGAAGAGGAGGAAGAGGAAGAGCAGCCGGCGCAACAGGAGAAUGUAAGGCAUGUUGAGGAAGAGGAAGAUGAAGAGGAGCCUGAGGAGGAAGAGCCUGAAGAAGAAGAAGAAGAGGAGGAAGAGGAGGAGGAGGAGGAGGAAGGUGAAGUCUCUGAGGUGCAGAGAGUAGCAGCAGCUAGGAGUUCGUCUGGCAGCCUGUGCAAAGCGGGCCGUGUCAGCACGCGUAACCAGGGCCGCAGGACGGUGGUGUACAGGGACGAGUCUGACGAAGACGGCCAGGGGUCCAAAGACGACCCGCUGAACCUGGGCAUGUCGCGCUCAGGACGGGUACGGCGAAUGACUGAGAAGGCCCGGGUCAGCCACCUCAUGGGCUGGAGUCACUGACACAUCACACCUCUUCAGACCUCAGCAAAGAAAAACUCAUCAGGGAUUUUAUUUUCUUCUUCUUUUUUUGUACAGGCGUGUAUAUAAUAUAUAAAUAUCUAUGGUCGUGUUGAUCUGAGACUGCUGGUGCUCGUUAACUGUUGCCACGGAUUUUUGCUCCCUGGACGACAGAGCUACUGUUCGACACAGACCCCCCCCCCCCCCCCCCCCCCCCACACACACACACACACACACACAGCUGGACUUACUCACCUUCAGCCUUACUGCUCUCCUCAUCCUCCUCUUCCUCGUCCCAUUCAGAGCUAAAACACUAGAUGAACCCUUCCUCAUCCCCUCACACUACUUCACCAACUGUUCACCAAAGAACGACGUGAAGAUGCCAAAAAAAAAAAA